AUCCAAACUCCCCAACGUAGGUAGCGAGGCAAGGGGGGAGACUACGCCCGGUAAACGAACGACGGCACCGCCGCGCACGCAGCUGUACACGUAGUGAGAGGGAAGCGGGAGACGGAGCACAGGUAGAGGGGCAGGGGGUGACCGGCGGUACCAUGCCGCUGAAGGAGGGCAACACGCCCUGGUUCCACUUUGACCCUGUCCUCUUCUUGCCUCUGUGGAUUGGGAUCUGGCGAUGGGGAGCGUACCUGAUCCUGAAGGGCAUCCCCAGCCUGCUCUACAAGCCGAUACCCAUCAGCGAAGAGCUCGAGCAAGGGCAUUUGCCCGUCAGCACUCAGAUGAUGACGAUGAUCAUCCCCGUUUACAUGCCGGAGCCUGGCUUCGAGGAGUGCCUCCAGAGCUGGGUCGACAAUCGACCGAAAACCAUCGUGAUUGUGGUGGACACCAACUCGUAUCAACAGGUGCUCAACAUCGUGGAGACCGUGAACCCUCGCGCCACUAUCAUCCGCGUCGUGGAGGAGUCCAAGCCCGGCAAGCGCGCCGCCAUGUACACCGGGCUGGCCUACGUUGACACGGAGAUCACCGUGUUCGCUGACGACGAUGCCCUCUACGGCCCCGCCGUGCUCAAGAGCCUCAUCAUGCCCUUUAAGGACCCGGCCAUGGGCGGUUGCGGCACCCGGCAGAUCGCUCGCCCGAAGGCGGACAAGUUCUGCUUCUCGGACAUCAUGAUGGACAUGCGUCUGUACCAGCGAUACCUUGAGUACCGCGCCACCACCUUCAUGGGCGGCGGUUCCACGUGCCUUUCAGGCCGAACCAUGGCCUACCGCACGCAGCUCUUCCGCUUCGACGGCUUCAAGAACUACUUCCUGAACGAGCACUUCGCCGGACAGCUGCAGCUCUCGGGAGAUGACAAGUGCCUGACGCGCCUCUGUAUCAUGUCGGACUACAAGAUGUGGCAUCAGAUCUGCGAGGUGUGCACCCUGUCCACCCAGUUCGAAGAGGGCGCCAAGCUCCGCGCGCAGCUUCUGCGCUGGAGCCGCAACUCCUGGCGCUCGGACAUCAAGAUGCUCUUCCUCGAGCGCUCGGUGUGGCGAAAGUACCCGUGGCUCGCGGUGACAUCGCUCGACAAGAUGAUCUCCCCCUUCACCAUGGUGUACGGUCCGAUGGCCGUCCUGUUCUAUGCUUUCUGGGAGCAGAACAUGUUCAUCCUGGUCGCGUUCGCCUGCUACAUCCUGGUGACCCGCGUGAUGAAGACCGUCAUGUACUUCACCUGGUCCCGCCCGCGUCCCCCCUGCCGGUGGUUCUGGUACAUCGGCCCCUUCAUCUUCGUGCAAUACUGGGGAGCCGUGAUCAAGCUGUACGCCCUGUGCACGCUCAAGGACCGGAGGUGGGGCAACCGCGAAGUGAAGGUGAACGCCCAGAACGAGAUCGUGAGGACCGGAGAGUUCGAAGACGCGGAGGAGGAGGAGGGCGACGCGGCCGUGAAGGAGGCCCCGCCCGGCAUGUCGCCCGAGGGCAGCGAGGAGUGGGACGAGCAGGAGUACGAGCAGGAGGGUAAGCACGAGUACGCAGGGGACGUGGGACUCGAGAUGGUGGACGUGGACUUGGAACACGAGCGUGAAGCCGCCAGGCACGCGCAGCACGCACACCAGUACAGCGGCGGAGGCGGCGAGGUCUACUAA